AUGCAAGGGGUUGACAACGCGCUGUUGCAGGCUGAAGUUAUCGAUCCAGCAACCGUCGUUCCCAUAUUACCAACUGGAGAAGAUGAACGAACUGGGCUAAGCGAAAGGACAAGGAAGCGACUGUUGGACUUGGGAAUACGCGAAUUGUUUGCAGUACAAACAGCCUUCAUUCCUUUCAUUGUCCACCAGAAUUUCGGUACGUCUCCGCUGUGCGAGACAUUAAGCUAUCCACGGGAUGUGUGUGUCUCUGCACCAACGGGGAGCGGUAAAACUUUGGCCUACGUACUCCCUGUCAUCGAGGUGUUGUCAAGCCGGAUCGUCACCCGCCUCCGUGCUCUUGUUGUACUUCCCACUCGCGAUUUGGUCACCCAGGUAAAGGAGACAUUCGAAGCUGUUGGUAAAGGACGUGGCCUAAAGAUAGGAACUGCAACGGGUCAACAUUCAUUUAGUCACGAACAAGCCCAGCUCGUUGAAGACGUCUCGACUUCGAUGAAGGGUGGUUCUAGCAAGGUAGACAUCUUGAUAUGCACUCCCGGCCGACUCAUGGAUCAUCUUAACGGGACACUUAAUUUCACCCUCCAACACCUGCGAUUCCUGGUAAUCGACGAGGCGGAUCGUUUGCUGGCGCAAUCCUUUCAGGAUUGGUUAGUUCAAGUACUGGCAGCCUGUGGACCGCGACGGCGCUCCAGCGACAAGUUACCUACAACUUCCCCAUUACAUGACUCAAACCUUCUACCAAUCUGCGACUCGCUGUCACCAGCAUUGCUGCAGACGUAUGUUGAUUAUCACACGGACGUAGACGAGUUCAAAGAGACUUCGUGCCAAAAACUCCUUUUUUCCGCGACGCUCACACAGGACCCUGGCAGACUUGCCUCGCUUGACCUGCGGAAUCCCAAGUAUUUCAUUGUUCAGAGUCGAGCAGAAGGGGAAGACAGGUCUGAUCCUUUGGACGUCAUCUCCGAAAGGUUUACUAUGCCUGCCACACUAACGGAACACAUGGUCAUUUGCGACCCGUCUGUAAAGCCUCUUAUACUUCUCCACCUUAUCUACAAUCUCUCGAUCCGCAGCGCGCUGGUAUUCACCAAGUCAUCUGAGUCGACCUCGCGUCUGGUUCGCUUGGUCGGGUUCUUCGAGGAUGCGAGCACCGAUCGCGAACAUGUUGUUAUUUGUGCAUACUCGAGUGACCUGCCGACCGGAGAGCGCAAGAGAAUUUUGGAGAAGUUCAAAGCCCAGGAGAUCCAUAUAUUAGUGUGCUCGGAUUUGAUAUCGCGGGGGGCCGACAUCAGCCACGUCUCACACGUGAUUAGCUAUGACGCACCCGUCGAUAUGCGAAAGUAUGUUCACCGAGUGGGUCGCACUGCUCGCGCCGGGAGGACUGGGGAUGCAUGGACACUUGUCGAAGAACAAGAGGCACGUUACUUCAAGGGAAUGCUGCGCGAACACUCCCAUCUGGAGAGGGUAAAACGAAUAAAAAUUCCUCAGAAGGAGACGGAAGGGCAUUCUGCAGCAUAUCAGAUCGCGCUUCAAAAGCUGAAGGAGGCGUAUGCCCGCUGA